AUGCAAAAGUUUGUGAUUCUGUGUCUUGUGGCCACCUUUGUGGGCGGCACUGUGGCCCAGUUUAAGAACGGACGCAUCCUGGAGCCGCCAGUGCCCGACCGAUGCGCCCAGAGGAUAAUCCACGAGAGAGCUCCCGACGGCAAAGGGUACUACUUCUCCUGGAAGGACCCCAACUUCCAAGGCAAGGAGAAGGACUGGCUCGCCGUGAGGAACUUCUGUCGCCAAAUGUGCAUGGACUCCGUGUCUCUGGAAACCAGUCCCGAGAACGAGUGGGUUAAGCAGAAGAUCGUGGAGGCAAAGAUCAAAUACAUCUGGACCAGUGGACGCAUCUGCGACUUCCCCGGCUGCGAGAGGCCUGAUCUGCAGCCCACAUCCGUCAACGGAUGGUUCUGGACAUCUGAACUGCAGAAGCUCGCACCCACGAACGAUCGUCAGCAGAACGACUGGUCCGAGGGCGGCGGCAUCGGCCUCCCCCAGCCCGACAACCGCGAACUGCAGCAAGGAGGCGCCCGCGAGAACUGCCUGGCUGUGCUCAACAACUUCUACAAUGACGGCGUUCACUGGCACGAUGUGGCCUGCCACCACGUGAAGCCAUGGGUGUGCGAGGAGAACGACGCUCUCCUCAAGUACGUGCGCUACACGAAUCCCAACCUGAGAAUCUAGAACUCUCCCCUCCACACU